UUUUGGUUUCCACUGUUAUUCAGUCACAGAGUUGCUUCACACUUUCCAUUUCCAUGGCGUUCAAUCCAGUAGGCUUUCCUCCGGCGAUACGGUGGUGAUUCAUUACUAUGGAAGAUUGGCAGCGAAGCCAGGAUGGUGAUUUGAUGAAAAUGGAGAUCAUUUCGUUUUCAAUUUGUUCUUGCUUCUGGAAUGGUCAUGUCUAGUAUUGAAUCAGCUGUGAGAUCAAUGAAAGUAGGUGGCAUUCGUCGCGUCAUUUUCCCUCCAUCACCACGUCUCAAGAACCCAUCCCACCUAAAUGUAAGUCAUCUCUUUGAUCAGUUUGUAUUCAUAUGUUCGUUGUGGUAUCUGAAGCUCAUCUUUUCUAGUCGAGCAGCUAAUAAUUCUCAUCAAAUUAGUUUCAAUUAGAAAAGAUUGGAUGAGAGAAACGUAAUGAAGGAAUUGUUAAAGUACAAAUGUAAUCUACUUCUUUGAAGAAGAACAUGGUUCUUGGUCAGCAGUUUUUGAUAGAUUAUUUACCAUAAUAUUCAAUCCAACUCGCUUAUCCAAUGAUGAAGGCCCGAACUUGGGGACACUCAGUAUUUGAUAUCAAGCUGGUCAGUGUGAAGCAUCAAUAAAUUUCCUCUAUCCCGCGACCAUCCUCAUCUCCAUAGUAUACACACGGAAUUCUGGAUGUGGUUUUCUACUACUUGAUGACUUUCUGUGUUCGCGUUAUCAUCAGAAGACAAAAAAGUUGGAAAAUUUUCCGCAGGAUAGUCAAAUAGUCGGCGGAUUGUCAGAUAGCUACUCUUGAUAGUACUUUUCCAGGAGAAGUCUGCUAGAGUGAAUAUGGAUUUUUUUCUGAUUUGUAUUGACUGAUGCUACUAUACAUAAAAUGUACGAGUAUUUAUCUAGUGAAAUGCGAAGCAAAUCUGAGUUAAAUUUUCAAGAGAGUUCCUGUUUGUGCUGUGUACCUGAUAAUUGACAAGGUAACUAAGGUGUUGAGCUUUCAACGUCGGAAAGGUAGAACUACAUGACUUGCCGGUGAAGAUGAGGAUACUGAUGUUUGAACAAACAUUCAUGAUAUCACCAUCAAUGGACAUAGCCGGGGGAAGAACCGAAGUUUCCUUUCUUCUCCGUAACUCUACUCUUCAUAUAUAGAAAAAACCAAGGGUGCAACGGAGCUCCUCUGCUGAUUGUGUUCAGAAAUGGGGCAGAACAACCGUGCGACACUGAUCUACGCGAUGGUGGCUGGUGGAACGCCGCCAGUAGUACUGGCGGAGUACACUGCGUUCAGUGGGAACUUCAACUCCAUUGCGUACCAGUGCCUCCAAAAACUUCCUUCAUCCAACAAUAAGUUUACAUACAACUGCGAUAAUCACACCUUCAAUUACCUCAUUCACAAUGGCUUUAUAUAUUGCGUGGUAGCAGAAGAAACGGCAGGUAGACAGAUCCCUAUGGCUGUUCUAGAGCAUAUCAAGGAUGAUUUUUCGAAAACAUAUGGUGGAGAGGAAGCUGCAACAGUUCCACCAAAUAGCCUUGAUAAAGAAUAUGGACGAAAGUUGAAGGAACAUAUGCAAUACUGCAUUGAGCACCCUGAGGAAAUAAGCAACCUAGCCAAGGUUAAGGCUCAGGUUUCUGAAGUGAAAGGUGUUAUGCUGGAAAACAUAGAGAAGGUUCUUGAUCGUGGAGAAAAGAUAGAACUAUUGGUGGAAAAGACUGAGAUAAUGCAUCAGCAGGCCAGGGAUUUCAAUUCCGCAGGAACAAGAUUACACAGGAGAAUGUGGCUACAGAAGUCGAAGAUGAAGCUAGUUGUUUUAGCUAUUGUGAUUGCGUUGAUCCUCAUCAUCGUGUUCUCUGUCUGUGAGGGGUUCGACUGUGGAGAUUGAAACAUCGCUUCGUGGAAAUGGUAAAAUGCGAGUGCUUUAAGUUAGGAGGUGAUAUUUACGCUUUUCUUUGAAGAAACUAGGACAAAGCCAACAAUAAUGUACUAAUGUGACUUGAGUUUUGUACAUAAAGCUAUUUUGAGUUGGAAUAUAUUGAGUCGAUAUUAUGUCAUAUUUGUAAAAUGGAAUAAAUUUAUUUGCUCAGA